AACCAUAUGAAUAUUGAUCACAGAGGGCGUGGUCAGCAGGCGCAGUGAACAUGGACGUGUAGUCCGCGGCGGAGACGAGAGAUUCACCGAGACGCGUCGACAUGGAGAUGAAGAAGCGGAUCAGUCAGGAGCUGAGGAGCCGGAGCCCGGCGGAGGUGGUGGAGCUGGUGGUGGACAGCUGUCUCUCCGGUGACGGGGAGGUGGAGGGUCUGACGGACGAGUACAAGGAGCUGCAGAUCCUCAGCAUGGUGAACAUCGGCCUCAACUCCCUCUCCAAACUGCCCUCGCUGCCCAAACUACGCAAGCUGGAGGUGAGCGACAACACCAUCUCAGGAGGUUUGGACACGUUGGCAGAGAAGUGUCCUGACCUGACUCACCUCAACCUGAGUGGGAACAAGAUCAAAGAGCUGAGGGGGGUGGAGCCUCUGCAGAGCCUGAAGAACCUGAAGAGUCUGGACCUGUAUGGAUGUGAAGUGACCACGCUGGACGACUACAGGGAGGGCGUGUUCGAGCUGCUGCCUCAGCUCACCUACCUGGACGGGUACGACCAGGAGGACAACGAGGGGCCUGACUCCGAGGGCAACCAUGGUGAGAGAGAAAACCUAGGACCAGACGAGGACGAUGAAGCCGGACCGCCUGGAGACGAGGAGGACGAGGAGGAGGAAGGCUCUGAGGGGGACGAGGACGAGGUCGGCCUGUCGUACCUGAUGAAGGAGGGAAUCCAAGAUGAAGAGGACGACGGAGACUACGUGGAGGAGGAGGAAGAGGAGGAAGAGGAGGAAGAGGAAGAUGGAGCAGAUGACGAUGGAGCUGGCGUUCAGGGGGAGAAGCGGAAGAGGGAUGCAGAGGAUGAAGGUGACGAUGACGAUGACGAAUAGAUUCAAACCACUUUCACCCACUGCGACACUUGGCCCCGUCCACCCCCGAUGACCUCUGACCCCACCAGGAAACAGCUGAAUCAGGUCCAGUUUCCUCCCCGACACUCGACAGUCAUACCACAUGAUGACGUCACGAUGAUGUCAUCGUCCACCUGGUAUCAUGUGAUCAGAUCAACCCACCCCCCCACAAACACACACACACACAACCAGAACUUCAGGUAGAGUUUGGUCUGUGAUGUAAAAUACUACAGUUCCCAUAAUCCUCAGCAGCUGCUGCUCUGACUGGAUUACGUUUACAGCAAUGCAUUCUGGGACUUUAAACUUCUAAAACGACUGUUACCUGAUGAGCCCUCUGCCGUGGCCCCGCCCCCUGGUCUCCGGUCUGUAAAUAGACGUGACGUGUCUGUGGAUUUUAUUUUUUUAUUCCUGUCGUCCGAUCGUUGAUGUCACCAGAUGUUUUUCGAAUUAAACAACUGAAUUUGUUUCUCAGUCAA